AUGGACGGCUACCGCGGCUGGCUCGUCGAGCUGUCCCAGCCGCGCCAGCGCGGCCCCCCGCGCGGGGGCUACGGCGGGGGCGGCGGCUACGGCGGGGACCGCGGGGGCUACGGCGGGGACCGCGGCGGCUACGGCCGCGACCGCUACGACCGCGGACCGCCGCCGCCGCGCGGGGGAUACGACGACCGCGGCGGCUACGACCGCCGCGGCCCCCCGCCGCGCGACUAUCCCGACCGCGACGACGGUCGUAUGGGCGCCGGGCGCGGCCGCUCCCCGCCGCCGUUCCGCCCGCGCCGGUCGCCGUCCUACGAGCGCGGCGCGCCGCCCCCGCGCGACUCGCGUCGCCGGUCGCCGUCCGGGGAGCGGGCCCCGCCCCGCGACGACCGGCGGCGCUCGAGGGUGCGCCGCGGUCGCGGUCGCCCGACGGGCGGCGGUGGUCGCCCACGCCGCGCGGCAGGCACUCCCCCGCGGACGGCAGCCCCCCGCCGCGCCGCGAGCGCUCGCCGUCGCCGCGCGACUGAGAUGUCCCGUCGACGCGGCACACUGAAGCGCCUGGGUGUGCGCCGAGUGUGCGUGACGCGCGUGGCAUGCUGGCGAACGGCAUCGGCGCACGUGUGA